UACAGUGAGAAGCCAAACAGUCACACCUCUGCUACUGUUGUUUAAGUAAACAGCCUCCGCGCCUCGGCCCGGGCCUCACAGACUCCUGAAGAGAAGCUCACAGGUCCACACAGCAGUAAUGGAGGAGAUGCUGUCACGGAUGAUCUAGAGGGAGAUUAAAGUUGUCAGAAUCCUGCAGAGUCCCGGGGCAGACUGCUGGUGCAGCUCUGUAUGGUGCUGAUGUACGCAGAGAAAAGGACCAACUACUGCAGGGGAUAAACAGGAAGAGACACACAGGAGCAUCAUGGACACAGAUUUUUCCAAGCGGGUUUACCAAGGCGUCCGGGUCAAGCACACAGUGAAGGACCUCCUGGCUGAAAAACGAUCUCGACAGACCAGUGGACCCAGAUACACUGGGGGGUCCACCACUCCACCGUCUUUCAUGCAGAUGUCAGGGUCCCACGUCCUGCCCGGAUACUACGGCAUGAGGCGCACCUUCGACUCAGACUUCUGCUCCUCCACAAAGCAGUUCUCCCCAGACCUUUACUCGUCCAGCCUGGGGGCCAAAGCGUUGGGCUGCGAGGCGCCGACCAUGAGCAGCUACUCCUCCCUCAUCGACAGCUAUUACCCAGAAACCUUCGGGGACUACCGCACGGCCUCCGCGUUCUCCACGUCCGGGAGCUCGUUCCUGCCGUCCACAGCCCUGUCCUCUCUGCUGCCGCCCUUCAGCAGCGACACCUCACAUCUUUUUCUGAGAGACUCGUGGGAGCAGCCUGUCUCUGAGUCUGUGUCCCAGGUGGACCCUCUGUGUGGGGACAGUCUGGCCCCCGUCUCCGUCCCCGCGUCCAUGCCCAGCCCCGAGGCCCCCGGGAGCCCGUCCCAGUACCGCUCCCCCAGCCGAGGCUCCUCUCUCGCGCCCAUCGGCCAGCCGUACACCCUCCACCCACUAGAGGACGCCCACUACCACUCCCUCACGACCACCUCCGGCUCCUACACCGGCGCCUCGUCCUACGCCUGUCCCCCGUACAUCAGCACCCCGGAGCUCAUGUCCAAGAUGGUGAGCGAGGACGGGGACAACCACAGCCUGGCCCCCGCCGCCGACAGCCACUCGUCCUGGGCCAAAGACGACGCGGUCAGCCCCUGGUCCCCGUACGAGAUCAGGAGAGCCUACUGA